GUGACCGGUAAUGGCGGAAGUAAGAAGAGAGAAGAGCUGUGCGGCUCUGAUUAUAGGAUCCCCACUGAUCUGAACAUCAAAUGGGCACCGUAUUCCAAUGCUGAAGUCAGAGUGGCCAUUUUUCUAAUUCAGCACCAUGCUGUUCUCCUUGCGGGAGCUGGUCCAAUGGCUCGGGUUCGCCCAGUUUGAGAUCUUCAUCCACGUUUUGGCCUUGCUAACAUUUACGGUCCUGCUAGCCAUUAAAGUGGAUAAGCUGGUCCCCGACCUAGGGUGGUGGAAUGUCUUCAUCCCUUUUUUUGCCGCUGAUGGACUGAGCACCUACUUCACUGCCAUUGUCACCGUUCGACUGUUCCAGGAAGGUGAGAAGCGCCAGGCUGUGCUGCGCCUCCUGUGGAUCCUCACCAUUCUCGGCCUCAAGUUCGUCUUUGAGUUGCUGCUAUGCCAGAAGCUAGUGGAACAGGCUAAGGAACUGUGGUUUGGACAUAUCAUGUCUCCCAUCUUCAUUCUUCUCCAGCUGCUCAUGAUCCGAGCUUGUAGGGUCAACUAAAAAUGGGCAAAACCCAGUUGUAAUAUAUUGUUACUCUUCUCUAGUAUCUUUUCCUGUAUGUUUAUUUAUUAAAACUUUAUGCA